UGUAAUGGCCGUUAAAAGUUGUUAGCCCGCUAAAUACAAACUAAAUCUUGGAAGAUGCAAGUUUUGAACUAUUCGUACUCGCUUUUCUCCGUGUAGCUGCUUAAUAACACUCCUAAGCAAUGUGUUAACUUGCAUUUAUUACAGUUGGUACGAUUAAGAAACGUUGAGUUCAACUUCCAUCAGCAAUGAAUUCGAGCGUGAGGUCAGAAGCUCUUGAUCCAUCAGUGGGCAGCUUUAGACAUGUGUUCCGCGGAAUAGAAUACGUUGUAACCCUCAUGAUAGACAGCGAUAAAGAAACAUUUGUCCUUGAAGUAGAAGACAGACUUACAUCUGAUCAAUGGAGAGGACAAUUUGACGCUAGAUAUAUUGAAGAUUUGACUCACAAGACUGGAAACUUUAAACAGUUUACAGUUUUUGUGAAUAUGCUUGAGAGUGCUCUUGCAAAGGGUAGUAAUUCAGUAUCUGUGGACCUUUUGACAUAUGGUGACCUUGAAUCACUUCGAAAUCAACAACAUCACAGAACUGGAUAUGGAACCCAGCACAUACCUGGUGCAAAAACAAGAUCACAACUGCACUCCAAGAGAUAUCUCAUUAUGACAUAUACAGUGGAGUUUGACAGAAUACAUUACCCUCUUCCUUUACCAUAUGUGGGAAAACCAGAUCCAGUGCAGUUACAGGAAACAAUAAGAAAACUAAGAGAAGAAAACCUAGGUCUGAAAGAGCAGCUUAUCAAAGGCUCAAGAACUGCAGCACUGACACAUCUUCAAAAGGAGAAUGACAAGUUAACCAAGGAAAAGUUGGAAAUACAAAAACAGUUUGAGGCAUUUCAAAGGGAAGUAAAGCACACCUCAAAGGCAAACACAGCUAAGGAAAUAAGAGUCUUAAAAAAAGUUGUACAGAAUCUGGAGAGUGAACUGAUGAAAGAAAAAAACAAAUACCAGAGAACAAUAAAUAAGAAGAAUGAAGAACACAGGAAUAUUGUUGAAGAGCUGGAGGAAAUCCGUGCUAAUGAGCGAAAUUUAAGAGCAAGAUGUAGAAGUUUAACAAAUGAACUUGCUGUGUUAAAACGAGGUCCUAGGCCAUCACCAGCCCAAACAAGUGGCUCUGCAACAAGAAGAGGCCGGGCACCACGGAGAUCUAUCUCCCAGGAAAGGAGACCACCGUCAAAGCUAUCAUCCGGCAUGCGCAGUAGAACACCUUCACCAGCUGGUGGCAGACUUCCUCGGUUUGACCCCACAGCAUAUGUGAAAGAAAAACAAAGGAAACAGAAGGAGGCGGACGAAGCCAGAGGGAGAAAAAGAUCGCUUUCCAGCGGAUCUGCGAAAAGAGCUCGAUCAAGGUCCCUAUCGGCAGAUCGUUUACCUCGCAAAGGCCCCAGUUCAGGAACGAAGAAUCCCAGCGCCUGGUCGUCAGGUGGUAGAAAAAGAACAUCGUCCAACGGGAGCCUGGGAACAAGGCGAUCGUCCCAGUCUUCGUUAGAGAAGGAUUACAUGUCUGAUGACAUGGAGCAUGCGCCACCACGACGGCCAAGAACCAGGCCCAGUAACAGUUCAACAGGGAAGACGAGAACUGUUGCAAAGAAAAACUCGUGGUACAGCCCUGGGGACUCAGAUAUAGAGCGAGGAACGGCAGUGAAAGUGGGCAAAGUUCCUUAUUCCAGUACUCCUGAGAAUAGUCUUUCACGCUCCAGAGCGUCUGAGAAGCGUCAUCAUCGAGGCUCGCCAUUUCGAGACAUUGGAAACGAGUCCCUGAACAGGUCAGCGGAAAUGAUGGAAAUUGAUGCGCGGCUGAACGCACUACAGAGGUUUAUGAAAGAAAACAUGCCGUGAUGCUUCGAUAGAUGUGCGACGGUAAUAGCCGAGUGUGGAUAUCCAUUUAACCUCUAGUGUAUCAGAAAUCAUGUAAAUAAUUCAAUGGCCUUGUUUACUGAUUACAAUGAUGGUACAGUAUGGUAGACCAAUUAAUCAUCGUUGCACCAAUAUUUUUAGUAGGAAAUGAUUUCAACAAGUAGUUUUAUUCUGUAUAUACUGUACCGUUUUUCUCAAACGGUGUC